AAAAAUCCUAAAAUAAGAUCACAUAAUCCAAACACCCAAAUUCCAAGGGUAAACAUCACACCAAAUGGCCACAGGAACUGCCACCAGCACCGUCACAGCACCACAAACCACCACCCAAUCUUUUUCACUCCAAGACCGUGUGGCAAUCGUCACCGGCGCCUCUCGCGGCAUCGGAAAAGCCAUCGCCCUUCACCUGGCAUCUCUGGGCGCAAAGGUCGUCAUCAAUUACAAUUCCAAUUCCACUCUAGCUGACCAACUCACUUCCCAAAUCAAUUCCAAUUCCAUAGGAAAAGCUAUAUCCGUAAAAGCAGACGUUUCUGAUCCAGCACAAGUGAAAGCAUUAUUCGACGCAGCGGAAACCGCUUUCGGUUCCCCAUUACACAUAUUAGUUAACGCCGCAGGAAUCUUGGAUUCCUCGUAUUCGUCGAUACCGAAUUCUUCCUUAGAAGAAUUCGACAAGACAUUUAGUGUGAACACUAGGGGGUCUUAUUUGUGCUGCAAGGAAGCAGCAAACAGGUUGAAAAAAGGGGGCGGAGGGAGGAUAAUCUGUGUGACGUCAUCGAUGGCGGUGGCGUUGAGACCCGGGUUUGGUUCGUAUGCGGCAUCGAAAGCGGCGGUUGAAGCUAUGAUCAAGAUUCUGGCGAAAGAACUGAAAGGGACUGGGAUUACGGCUAAUUGUGUAGCACCUGGGCCGAUUGCGACUGAUAUGUUUUUUGAAGGGAAAAGUGAGGAGAUGGUGAAGAGGUCAGUGGACGAGAGCCCGUUGGGUAGGCUCGGGGUGCCCGAGGAUGUUGCUCCGCUGGUCGGGUUCUUGGCUAGUGAUGCGGGUGAAUGGGUUAAUGGUCAGAUUAUCCGGGUUAAUGGUGGAUAUGUGUGAUACAAACAGGGGGUUGGGUCAGAAACUCAGAAUGCAGCUGUGUUUUACCUAUCACAUAUCCAUACAAUAAUUGUAUCAUUUUAGUCAUAUACUUUUUUUUCUUCUUCAUGUUUUGCAAUUCGGUUGAAAAUAACUGGAUUUGAUCUUUUGAUCCUUUACUUUAAGGAUAUAAUUGAGCUCAAAAUUUGUAGCUUUGUGUAUCAA